AUGUCUGCAUUUGUCAGGGUGCUUCCAAGAAUAUCCAGAAGCUCAGUACUCACCAGAUCAUUGAGACUGCAAUUGAGAUGCUACGCAUCGUACCCAGAGCACACCAUUAUUGGUAUGCCGGCCCUGUCCCCUACAAUGACCCAAGGUAAUCUUGCCGUUUGGACUAAGAAGGAAGGUGACCAAUUGGCCCCCGGUGAAGUUAUUGCCGAAAUUGAAACUGACAAGGCUCAAAUGGACUUCGAAUUCCAAGAAGAUGGUUACUUAGCCAAGAUCUUAGUCCCUGAAGGUACGAAAGACAUUCCCGUCAAUAAGCCUAUCGCCGUUUAUGUGGAGGAUAAGAAUGACGUACCAGCUUUCAAGGACUUUAAGCUGGAGGACUCAGGUUCCGAUGCAAAGACCACUACGAAAGCUCAACCUGCCGAGCCACAGGGAGAGAAGAAACAAGAAGCGCCAGCUGAGAAGGCCAAGACCUCUACUCCUGUGGCUGAGAAAUCCAACGCCCCUGCUCCUCAAGGUAGAAUUUUUGCCUCCCCGCUUGCCAAGACGAUCGCCUUGGAAAAGGGUAUUUCUUUGAAGGAUGUCCAUGGCACAGGGCCCCGCGGUAGAAUCACCAAGGCUGACAUUGAGUCAUAUCUAGAAAAGUCGCCUAAGCAGUCUUCCGUGACCAGUAGUGCUCCUGCCGCCGCUGCCUCGAGCGCUACUACUGGCUCUGCUCCAUCACCUUCUUCUACAGCAUCGUAUGAGGAUGUUCCAAUUUCAACUAUGAGAAGCAUCAUUGGGGAACGUUUAUUGCAAUCUACUCAAGGCAUCCCAUCAUAUAUUGUUUCUUCCAAGAUAUCCGUCUCGAAACUUUUGAAAUUGAGACAGUCCCUGAAUGCUACAGCAAACGACAAGUACAAACUCUCAAUUAAUGACCUAUUAGUAAAAGCCAUCACUGUUGCGGCUAAGAGGGUGCCAGACGCUAAUGCCUACUGGUUACCUAAUGAGAACGUUAUUCGUAAAUUCAAGAAUGUCGACGUUUCAGUCGCUGUUGCUACGCCAACAGGAUUAUUAACACCAAUUGUUAAGAACUGUGAGGCCAAGGGCUUGUCGCAAAUCUCUAACGAAAUCAAGGAACUGGUCAAGCGUGCCAGAAUAAACAAAUUGGCACCAGAGGAAUUCCAAGGUGGAACCAUUUGCAUUUCCAAUAUGGGCAUGAAUAACGCUGUUAACAUGUUUACUUCAAUUAUCAACCCACCACAGUCUACGAUCCUGGCCAUUGCUACUGUUGAAAGGGUCGCCGUAGAAGACGCCGCUGCUGAAAACGGAUUCUCCUUUGACAACCAGGUCACUAUAACAGGAACCUUUGAUCAUAGAACCAUUGAUGGCGCCAAAGGUGCUGAAUUCAUGAAAGAAUUGAAGACCGUCAUUGAAAAUCCUUUGGAAAUGCUAUUGUGA